AGAGAGAGAGAGAGAGAGAGAGAAAUGUAAGGUGUAAAUUGUAGGCUAGUGUAAGGUGGUGCAAAAGCUAAUAAAGAGAACGGAACGACUGCAAGAGAUGGAACCAGAGGGGAGACCCAAGCUCUUUGACUUUCAAGGAGUAUCGAUGAUAAACUACUUCACAGAUAACUGGGAAAAAGUUCAAGACUUUCGUGCUCGACCGGACGAUAUCCUCAUCGCUACAUAUCCCAAGGCAGGCACAACAUGGGUGUCCUGUAUCCUCGAUUUGCUGUACUUUGGCAAAGACAUGCCAGAGAGACAGACCACUCUGCCCAUCUAUGAAAGAGUACCCUUCUUGGAGAUUGCUGUUCCUCAAAUAGAUAAAGCAUGUUCACUUCCCAUAGGAACAGAGUUGGCUGAUCAGCUAUCCACUUCUCCUCGCCUAAUUAAGACCCACCUGCCUGUCCAGUUGAUUCCCAAAGGAUUCUGGGAGCAAAACUGCAGGAUGGUGUACGUGGCCCGUAAUGCUAAAGACAAUGCUGUCUCUUACUUCCACUUUGAUCGUAUGAACAUGGUGCAGCCGGAGCCUGGAGACUGGAACAGCUACAUUGAAAAAUUCAUGGAGGGCAAAACUGUGUUUGGGCCCUGGUAUGACCAUGUGACUGGCUGGUGGGAAAAGAAGCAGACCUACUCCAAUAUUCUUUACAUAUUCUAUGAAGAUCUAAUUGAGGACACAGGUCGUGAGAUGGAGCGCCUCUGCUCCUUCCUGGGUUUGUCCACUACAGCAGAGGAGAGAGAGAGCAUCAGGGGAGGAGUGCAGUUUGACGCCAUGAAGGCAAACCCCAUGGCCAACUACUCCACCAUCCCUGUAAUGGACUUUAAAAUAUCUCCCUUCAUGCGCAAAGGGAAGGUUGGUGACUGGAAGAACCAUUUUACUGUGGCUCAGAAUGAGAAGUUUGACGAGCACUACAAGCAAAGGAUGAAGAACAGCUCACUGGCAUUCCGCACAGAAAUCUAACGUCAGAAAGAAAGGGCAAACGGAGGACAGUUCAGUCAGUCUCAACAGUCCGCUGUACUGUCUGUAAUGAAAUAUAGUUUAAUCCACUAAUAUCCUGCAGAUAUUGUGUCCCUUAGUGCAGGGGUUCCCAAACUUUUCCACGACAAGGCCCCCCAAAUACCACUAGGUUCUGGCCAAGGACCCUCUUGAUGU